AUGGUGAGCACUAUUUAAAAUAGUCGAUUUUUAGCACUUUUUCCACACCCGCUCUCAGAAUUGUCUGUGAACGGAAUUUGUGGUCGUGGCCUAGAAAACGCCUAGGCCACGGGAUCUUUUUGUCCGAGUUUUCUAGGCCGCGCGGUGUUCCGUUCACAUGCAUUUGUGCGAAUUCCCUUUAAUAGUCACUUUUCAGGCGUUUCACUGGCAAUCGAAAGUGAACGUGCAACAUGCGGGUGUGGACGAUAUGGUUCUUUUGUCGAAGCUCACCGAGCAGAGUAUUGUGGAGAAUUUGAAGAAGCGACUGCAGGCAAACUCGAUUUUUGUGCGUUUUUAUAGAAAAAAAUGUCUAAAAUUCAUGGUCUCCAGAGCUGACAAUGGGCGAAAGUGCGCCCCGCCCGAUAGGGCGAUACAUUGGCGCGAAAUUCAAAUUUUAACAGCAAAAUUAGUGUUUUUUGCCAGAUUAGCCACGAAAAACCGAUAAUUUCUCAGUUGUCUCUCGAUAGACCGAUUGUAUAGGCCAUUAAGAAUUUUUUAAGCGCAAGAGCGUUAAAUUUGGUCAAGUCGCAAAUCAAAUUUAUCCGCUUGAAGGUUUUUGGCUAAAACUGCGUGAAUUUCAGUUGCUUUUCGGAGGUUUUCGCGGUUCGUGCGCUCAAAAUGCUUGUAUUUACGUGAUUUAUCAUUCUCAAAACCAUUUCUGUGUGAAAACGGUCAAGAAAAAUGAAAAGUGCGGUUUUUAGGCGGCGAUCGGCGGCGAAGGCGAAAAAGCAAAAUCCGCGUAAAAUGCGCCAAAACGUCAUUAAUUCUGUGAGAAUUAGUGUGUUUUCAUGUCGAAAAAUCAUUUUUCAUCGCCUUUGACCACAAAAAUCAAAGAAAGUCUGCUCAAUUCAUGAAAACGCCAUUUGGCUGCCGAGGCCAUGCCCAUAUUGUCAGCUCUUUCGCAAAAAAGAUUAUUGUUUUAAAUACUUGCAAUGUUUUGCAGACGUACAUCGGACCAGUGCUGAUUUCGGUGAAUCCGUUCAAACAAAUGCCGUAUUUCACCGAAAAAGAGAUGCUGCUGUACCAGGGAGCCGCGCAAUACGAGAAUGCGCCGCACAUUUACGCGUUGGCCGACAAUAUGUACAGGUAUGCGCGAAUUCAUUCUCCUCUCUCUCUCUCUCUAAUCAUUCUACGUUAAAAAAAUAAAACGUAAAAAAAUAAAUAAAUUAAUUAAAUUUUUCGCGAUUUCCUUUUUUACGAUUCUCUUGUAGAAACAUGUUGAUCGACAACGAAUCGCAAUGCGUCAUCAUUUCGGGCGAGUCGGGAGCCGGAAAAACGGUGAACGCGAAAUUCAUCAUGAAUUAUAUUUCGCGAAUUUCCGGAGGAGGACAGCGGGUUCAGGUACGCAAUUUCUGGCGGGCACAAAAAUUUUCGACAACUAAGCUAUUUUCAGCACAUAAAAGACGUGAUUCUCCAAUCGAAUCCGCUGCUGGAGGCGUUCGGAAACAGUGCGACGGUCCGAAAUUGGAACAGUUCUCGAUUCGGAAAAUAUGUGGAGAUUGUGUUCAGUCGGGGCGGAGAGCCCAUCGGUGGAAAGGUCGGUGGGGCACAAAAGUUUCCAAAUUUCGCGGAAUUUUUGCCAAAUCGCAGGGUGCGAUCCGAGUGACGCACAAAAAAUCGUCGUCUCCUUGACGUUUUUUUGCAAAAAUUCUGCAAAUAUUGCAUUUUCCGGAAACAAAUAAUCGAAAAACCAAUUGCAGCUGUCAAACUUUUUGCUGGAAAAGUCGCGAGUGGUGCAUCAGAACGAGGGCGACCGCAACUUUCACAUUUUCUAUCAGCUCUGCGCCGGAGCCGACAAAAAUCUGCGGAGUACACUGGGAAUCGGAGAACUGCAAUAUUACAAUUAUCUGAAUAUGAGCGGCGUUUUCAAAGCGGACGAUACGGACGACGGCAAGGAGUUUGAGAGCACUCUGGUCAGUGACGUUUUGAGAAACCAAAAUGUUUUCUGUUUCACUAGAAAACAAAAUUUAGAUUAAAAAACAGUGUGCUUUGUUAAAACCAGAAUUUUAUGUUUUUUGCAGCACGCGAUGAAAGUGGUGGGCGUGUCGGAGCAGGAGCAAUUGGAGGCUCUUCGCAUCGUCUCCGCCGUUUUGCACAUUGGAAACAUCACUUUUGUGGAGGAGAAUAAUUUUGCGGCGGUCGGCGGAAAAGAUUGUGAGUCUACAACAAUAUUUAUACGAUUUUUUUGCAUUUUUUUUGCUGUUGUAGAUUUGGAAUUUCCCGCCUUUCUUCUCGGUCUCACCAAUGCCGAUAUUGAGGCAAAGUUGACGGGCCGAAAAAUGGAGAGCAAGUGGGUUUUAAACAACAUUUUUUAAUUCUAGAAAGCGAUUUACAGAUGGGGUACGCAAAAAGAGGAAAUCGAGAUGAAAUUGAAUGUGGAGCAGGCGAAUUACACGAGAGACGCGUGGGUGAAGGCGAUUUAUGCGAGACUUUUCGAUUAUUUGGGUACUAUUGAUUUGUUUUCUAAUUUCUUUAUCUCUCACGGCGUUCCAAAGACUAUAUACGCCGCCGAGUUUUUCAAAUUUUCCCGCCGUUUUUGCAAUUGGCUGCGUAUAGCGACUCAGAAAAUCAUAUUUCUAUGGAGAGCGUCUGAUAAAGUAGUCUUUGGACGGCCGUGUCUCUUUAGAAGUUUACUAGUAGCUAUAAAAUUCCGGAAACCCAAUAAACAUUAAUUUCCAGUGAAAAAAGUGAACGAGGCGAUGAACGUGACGGGGCAAUCGUCGACCGACAACUUUUCCGUCGGAAUUUUGGACAUUUACGGAUUCGAAAUUUUCAAUAGUAACGGCUUCGAACAGUUUUGGUACGCGGUUUUUGAAUUUUUUUUUAAAAUGUUUAUGAAUUUUUAAUAUUUUCAAAAAUUUCAGCAUCAACUUUGUCAACGAGAAAUUGCAACAAAUCUUCAUCGAGCUGACACUGAAGGCGGAGCAAGAGGAAUACGUGCGCGAGGGAAUUAAAUGGACCGAAAUCGAGUAUUUCGACAAUAAAAUUGUGUGCGAUCUGAUCGAGACGAAACGGCCGCCAGGUAGAUAGUAACGCCACGCCCUCACAAUUGUUUUCCACUUUCAAAAUUGCUAAAUGUUGAUUGUUUUCAAAAACUUGGUACCAACUGCUCUUUGCAUAUAAUGUAUUUCUUUUGUUUAGUGACCUGAACAGUUUAGCCAAUUUUGAAGCAGCAAUAACUCGAUUUUGAAACUGUAUUUAGGGGGCGCAACAAAGGGGGCGUGGCCUGACGAAUUUUCUCCCGAUUUUCGCGCGCGCGUGUUUGACGGUCUGUACCGAGGUCCCCAAAUGAAGUACCAUACCCAAAAAGUUUUACUUUAUGUAAUCGACCAUGCUGAAUCCAAUGAACAACUCCAUUUCACGUGAAAACGUACCGUUCUCUUGAAAAACCGCGAAAACGAAAAUGGAAGUCAGUCUGAGAGCCUGUGUGGCCAAGUUUAUGGCUACACGCGCCUACUUUUAACUGUUUCCGACAGUUUAAGGGAUGGGGAAUCCGUUUUUUUGAAGUCAGAUUCGGGCUCCCUAGUACCCGAAAGUUUUUUUACAGAUCCUCAAACUGCCAGAAAAAGUUAGCGGAAAAAUUUUUCAGCGAUGACCAUACUUUUUUUAUUUUUUUGGAAUCCAUAGAUAAAGUCAAUGAGAACCCAAAUAUAAAUUUUUCAGAGCUCUAGACCCACUAGGACCAGAUUUGUGCUCGUUUGAGUAGGGCCCAAUCGGCCGAAAUUGUAGUUUUUCGGUAGAUUUGAGGGUCACAGGUACCUUACACGCGGCUAAUUUUUACAGAAUCGGAUUCAGCAUCAAAUUUCCGACCGAUCCAUGUUAAACUUUCUCAUCUACCUAGUACCCGAAAAAAGUUACAGUCAGUUAUGUUAUGGAUUUCGGCCCGCAAAGGCACUAAUUUCGCAGCUGGAAAGGGCCGCGCACAGCGAGCUUCUCUACGCCAAUGGCGGUGGGCGCGCCUCCGCCCGGUUGGCGCAGUGGCAAAGUGAUCGCUCGGCAGUCUGGAGGUGCCGGGUUCAAAACUUUUGUCCUCGAAAGUUGUUUAGCUUUUUAAGAACAUCAUGUCUGUUCAUUUUUUUGUUGCAUAUUUGGCUUGGUCCGUCAGAAAAGGACAAAAACCGCGCGCGGCGCACUUGCUGGCAAAGCUCCGCCCCCUCCUCGACCGCCGACCGGGGAGAAAACAGGCCAACUUUGAAGGGGUGUAACUCGGGAUGUACCGAAAAUUUUCGAGAAAAAAGUUGGGAGCGUACUCAUAUAGAGUAGGGGAACACAUUCCAACAAGAAUUUUGUGGAAAUUCGGAGUUUUGCGAAACCCGUUGCGGUCCCUAACUGUAUUCUGUCAAUUUUCAUAUUUUUCACGGCGGUCCAAAGACUACUUUAACAGACGAGCUCAUAGAAAAGGAAAAUUUGACACACAUUUUCCAGAUGAUUUCCUCAUUUUAAAGCUAAAUCGGAGGUCUGUAACGUUUUCUAGAAAAAAAUGCUAUAAUUUUCUAAAAACAAUGGAGAAUACAAUUCUUCAGGAAUAAUGUCGCUGCUCGACGACACGUGCGCCCAGAACCACGGUCAACGCGAAGGAGUGGACCGUCAACUGCUGACGACACUUUCGAAAACGUUCGCAGGCCACGCGCACUUUGCCCCCGGCUCCGGCUCGUUUCUGAUCAAGCACUACGCCGGCGAUGUCACGUACAACGUCGAAGGAUUCUGCGAUCGGAAUCGCGACGUUCUCUAUCCGGACCUCAUUUUGCUCAUGCAACAGUCGUCAAAGUUAGUUGGGGCAAACAACACUUUUCAACACAAAUUUCCGUGAAAUAACGUACGCUCUCCGCAGCCCUUCGACGCCGCAAAGUCAGACAAAAUGAAAAAAGCGAAUAAAUACAAGCAUUUUGAGCGUUAAAACAGCAAAAAUAAUCGCGAAAUGACCGACUUUUGGCCACCCUAUAAACGUUCUUCAGCGCCUUCAUCCGAGCCCUAUUCCCCGAAAAUGUGGCGGCUUCUGCUGGAAAACGACCGACGACGUUUUCGACGAAAAUUCGGGUAAUUUUUAGGCUUGUGUUCUUCUAUAAACAACGAAAAAUAUUGUCAAUUUGCAGACACAAGCGAACACAUUGGUGGAAUCCUUGAUGAAAUGCUCUCCUCACUAUGUUCGGUGCAUAAAACCGAAUGAAACGAAACGGCCCAAUGAUUGGGAAGAGAAUCGGUACGGUUUUCCGAAAAAUGUUUGCGAGUUCGCCCAUGAAAACCUACUUUAGACGGUUCAAAAAAAUGUCGUGUUUUUUUUCAGCGUAAAACAUCAAGUCGAAUAUCUGGGACUUCGCGAAAAUAUUCGUGUGCGGCGAGCCGGUUUCGCCUAUCGGUACGUGCAUUUUUGAAAUUGUUUACCGUUUCAAAAUGGCGAUGAGUUCAAUUCCGAGACAUUUUCUAUCAUUUCGACGUAGCACCAGAUACGCUCCACACGUGUUUCAUUCAAAUUUUUUUUUGCAGACGAGCCUUUGACAAAUUUGCUCAGCGCUACGCGAUUGUAUCGCCGAAAACGUGGCCCUCUUUCGUCGGCGAUCAACAAAAAGCGUGCGAAAUAAUUUGCGACUCGGUGCACAUGGAGAAGUCACAGUUCCAAAUGGGUCGCACCAAGAUUUUUAUCAAAAAUCCCGAAUCUGUGGGUUUCUUUUGGGAGGGUGAUUUUACAAACAAUUUGGUUUUUUCAGCUAUUCCUUUUGGAAGAGACUCGAGAACGGAAAUUCGACAGUUUUGCGAGGGUGAUUCAGAAGGCGUGGCGACAGUUUUCCGCACGAAAACAGCACAUCAAACAGAAGGUAAUUAUUAAUCGAGUUGUUAUUUUUGCUCGCUAUCUAAAGAUUACAGUUUCAAUUUUUAUACUUUAAAAGAUCUAAACAAAACUGAUUUUGUUCACACAUAGCCUCCCAGGGCGCUAAUGCUAAACACAGUGCGCUCGUAAAUUGCGGAGUGUCGUUGUAACUUUUGAAAAUUUGCAGGUCUAAAAGUGCAGUUCAGUUCGAGUUUACGACCUUUAUUUCUUUCUUUUUGACUUGAAAAACGUCUAUAAAACAAUAUUUUACUGAUUGGAAACCGUUCUUUACAGAAUUUAAAGGUUUUCAUGUUUUUAGUGUCUUUUUCGCAUUACGUCAAAACUUCAAACCUUUAUAUUUCAGCUCAUUAUGCAUUUCAUGAGCCCAACGAACGAUAAAAAUGUUCGCUGAAUCUUUCUUCACAAAAUUUAGGUUCCGGCGGUUAGUUUUCUUGAGCAGUUUUCGAAAAAUAUUCGAAAAACAUCAAAAUCCAGGCCAAAACCUUCAAAUCGAAAUAACUCGGCUAAUUCUCAACGAUAUGUGAGAUUUCUGUUACCAAAACGUAGCUAGUGUUCUAAUUAUUCGAAUCCAGGUUCCAGGCGUACGAAAAAAUAGGUGUAUUGUACAGAAAACAUGGAAAGAACGCGAACUUCCGUUGAAAAUUAAUUAAUCGGCCGCCGCGUAAAUCGACACAGUCCGCCUGUUGCAAGUGCGCCCCAUUGAAAUCAUUCGCGCCGUGGGAGACCGUGUUCUUCUCAAUCUUGACUUUGUAGCUUUUGACGCUCUAUCCGAUAGAGUGACUAUCGAAACAUUAAUCAGUAAGACUUUUUUUUUGUUCAGGAACAAGCGGCCGACCUGAUGUACGGCAAAAAAGAGCGUCGCCGCUACUCGCUGAACCGUAACUUUGUCGGCGAUUACAUCGGACUCGAACACCAUCCCGCACUUCAGUCCCUCGUCGGAAAACGACAAAGAGUGCUGUUCGCCGCCACCGCCAACAAAUAUGAUCGCAGUUUCAAGGUUCACUUUUCAUUUUUUCAUACCUUAAUGCUCUAUUCUUAAAUUUUAGGUCACAAAACUCGACAUUCUUUUGACGGCUAACCAAUUGACCCUAAUUGGACGGGAAAAAGUGAAGAAGGGCCCGGAGAAGGGGAAAAUUGUGGAGAUUAUCAAAAGGUACGCGAUUAUUCAAUGCUAAUCGAAAAUUCUCGCAAAAUUCAGACAACUCGACUUGCCGAGCAUCAAAUCGAUCGGUUUGUCGCCGUACCAGGACGACUUUGUGAUCAUUUAUGUGGGCGGCGAGGAGUACACUUCGCUGCUCGAGACGCCGUUCAAAACCGAAUUGUGUACGGCUCUUACGUGAGUUUUUCCAGCACACGAUGAAAAAUGAUGAUUUGACAUGAAAACACAAUAAUAUCGAUCGACGUCGAACAACCGCAUUUUUUUUACCGUUUUCAGAAAAAAAUCGGUUUUGAAAGUGAUCAAUCAUGUGAAUACAUACAAAUCUACCGAGAAACAGCUGAAAUUCACAAAGUUCUAGGCGAAAAAGUUCAAAAGGAUAAAAUGCACGCUCUCGCGCUUAGAGAAACUCAUUUUGACCUAUUCAAUUGUUCUUACGACUAUAAAAUGUAAUUUUUUUCAGAAAAGCCUACAAAGAGCGUACAAACGGCGGCAGUCUCCAUCUGGAUUUCCGUCCGACGCACACGAUCACUCUGAAAAAGACGCGAUUCGGCGGCGGCCAACGGACGGUUCAGUUCGGCACCGACGGAAGUGCGAACGCGCAAAAAAUGCUGAAGCCCAACGGGAAGGUGCUGAAUGUGAGCAUCGGAGCCGGGCUGGCCAAUACUACGAGUGAGUUUGAAUCAUUUAUUUUGAUCACCCAAAACCAAUUUUAAAAAAGCGCAUCAAGCCAAUCGAUUGCCGGUUGUAGGACCAUCGACAGAACGACCGCAAGGCGGUUACACUCCGCGAAGGGACCAGUUGAGAACGUCGACGCGGCGAACGAAUAAAACGAGCAUUUACGGAGGAGGAGGAGGCGGCGGUGGAAUCGGUGGAGGAGCACAGCCGAUUCGAGGAGCACCGGUACGUUUUUCUGUUCUGCACGGCGACCAAAAGUGUAGAAAGGGAGGCGUGGCCUAAUCUGAGACGCGUUUUCUGAAAUUUGCCGCAAUUCCAGCACUUUUCCGACAUUUUUGUGUUUGAUAUCGACGAAAGAAGAGAUAUUAAAGAGAGAAAACAUCGAAAUUUUUGUGAAAACGCCGCGUUUGAAACGUUUUUGACAUAUUUCGCAAUUCGGAAUUUUCAUACCGGCCGAUCUGGAUAGUUUUGAGACGAAGUGAGUGUCGGAAGUGAUUAAGCACGUUAAUACAAGUAUUUUAAGCGUUCAAACGGCAAAAAGUGUCGGCGAAUGACUGAAAUUCGCGCAUUUUCAGCACAAAACUUGAAAAUCGAUUCAAUUGACUGAAUUUCUGAAUGAAACCUGCUCGUUUUAAGCUCAAAAAGUGCGCGAUGAUUCGUUUAACAAAGUUAUGCAAUUACAUCGUCGAAACCCGCACAAAAUUUGGGUAAUUUUUGACGAAAAACCCCAAUUGGAUUAAAUUUCGAAAUUCGCGCCAAAAUGGUGAUGAACCGUGCACGCUAGGCCACGCCCCUUUCUACGUUUUUGGUCGCCGUGGAAUUCUGGGUUAUAGUAAUAUGCUAAUUCUAGGUCCCCGCGCACGGCAUCAACAACAACUACAAUCAGCCGCCGGCGCCAGUCUCGACCGCGCAUCAGUACAGUCAGGAACCGGCACGAGUCGUCCCGAUGGGCAAUGUCAUCAAUCAGCUGAACAAUAUGAAUUUGAAGGUAACUUGGCCUGGAAAAAUGCUAAAACAGCCCCCAUUUUUUAGGCGACUGGCUCGCCGAACGUGGCGAACAGCAACAACCAGCGAUCGCCCGCACUGGUUGGAGGAGGCCCGCCGCCGGCCCGUGGUCCCAAACCGCCGCCGCCGGCAAAACCGAAACUGCAUCCGAUUGUGGUGGCCGUGUAUCCGUACGAGGCGCAAGAUGUCGACGAGUUGAGCUUUGAGACCGGCGACGAAAUUGAGCUGAUGAACAAAGGUACCGGGUGUCGUUUUGUGAAGGUGAAAUUUGAGAAUUUCCAGACGCUUCCGGAUGGUGGCAAGGAAAAGUGCACAAUCGGAUCGGACUGUUCCCCGGCAACUAUGUGAAGGAAUAA